UUUUUUUUUUUUUUUUUAAUUCCCUCUCUUUGACUCUCUCCUUCCGCGCGAGUCUCUGGAGAAGCCUCACAGCGAGGCGCCGCCGCUGCUGCCCGGGGCCCGCUCACCUUGCACCAUGGACUGGCAGCCAGAUGAGCAGGGCCUGCAGCAGGUCCUGCAGCUGCUCAAAGACUCUCAGUCGCCCAACACAGCCACUCAGCGCAUUGUACAGGAUAAGAGGUGUUACGGCAUAUGUGGGCGAGUGUACAGAAAAGCAAUGCUGUGGGUGCCCCGUGUGGAGGGCAUUCUCAUCACCACCAUCGCUUCUAAGGGGGAGCUGCAGAUGUGGCCUGAGCUGCUGCCUCAGCUGUGUAACCUGCUCAACUCAGAGGAUUACAACACUUGUGAGGGAGCCUUUGGAGCCCUGCAGAAGAUCUGCGAAGACUCAUCAGAACUUCUGGACAGUGAUGCCCUCAACAGACCUCUCAACAUCAUGAUCCCCAAGUUCCUGCAGUUCUUUAAACAUUGCAGCCCCAAGAUCCGCUCCCAUGCCAUUGCCUGUGUGAACCAGUUCAUCAUGGACCGGGCCCAGGCACUGAUGGACAACAUUGACACCUUCAUCGAGCACCUGUUUGCCCUGGCCGUAGAUGACGACCCUGAAGUGCGGAAGAAUGUGUGUCGUGCCCUGGUAAUGCUUCUGGAAGUGCGGAUUGACAGACUCAUUCCUCAUAUGCACAGCAUUAUCCAGUACAUGCUGCAGAGGACCCAGGACCAUGAUGAAAAUGUGGCCCUCGAGGCCUGUGAGUUCUGGCUGACGCUGGCCGAGCAGCCCAUUUGCAAGGAAGUCCUGGCCUCCCAUCUGGUCCAGUUGAUUCCCAUUCUGGUAAAUGGGAUGAAGUACUCGGAAAUUGACAUCAUUCUGCUCAAGGGGGAUGUGGAAGAAGAUGAGGCAGUUCCUGACAGCGAGCAGGACAUUAAGCCACGCUUCCACAAGUCACGCACAGUAACACUGCCCCAUGAGGCGGAGCGGCCGGAUGGCUCUGAGGAUGCAGAGGAUGAUGAUGAUGACGAUGCUCUGUCUGACUGGAAUCUGAGGAAGUGCUCAGCAGCUGCACUGGAUGUCCUUGCCAAUGUCUUCCGGGAGGAACUGCUGCCCCACCUCCUUCCGUUACUCAAGGGCCUCCUCUUCCACCCUGAGUGGGUCGUCAAGGAGUCAGGCAUCCUGGUGCUGGGUGCCAUUGCUGAGGGCUGUAUGCAGGGCAUGGUGCCCUAUCUGCCUGAGCUGAUCCCACACCUCAUCCAGUGCCUGUCAGACAAGAAGGCUCUGGUCCGCUCCAUUGCUUGCUGGACCUUGAGCCGCUAUGCCCACUGGGUGGUCAGCCAACCACCCGACAUGCACCUCAAGCCUCUGAUGACGGAGCUUCUCAAACGCAUCCUAGAUGGCAACAAGAGGGUGCAGGAGGCAGCGUGCAGUGCCUUUGCCACCCUGGAGGAGGAGGCCUGCACGGAGCUGGUGCCCUACCUCAGUUACAUCCUGGACACUCUUGUCUUUGCCUUUGGCAAGUACCAGCAUAAGAACCUGCUCAUCCUUUAUGACGCCAUCGGCACUCUAGCUGACUCUGUGGGCCACCACCUUAACCAGCCGGAGUACAUCCAGAAGCUGAUGCCGCCACUGAUUCAGAAGUGGAAUGAGCUCAAGGAUGAGGACAAGGACCUCUUCCCUCUGCUGGAGUGCCUAUCAUCAGUGGCCACUGCCCUACAAAGUGGCUUCCUGCCGUACUGUGAGCCUGUUUAUCAACGCUGUGUCACCCUGGUGCAGAAGACACUGGCCCAGGCCAUGAUGUACACCCAGCACCCUGAGCAGUACGAGGCCCCUGACAAGGACUUCAUGAUCGUGGCACUGGACCUGCUCAGUGGCCUGGCUGAGGGCUUGGGUGGCCAUGUGGAACAACUUGUGGCCCGUAGCAACAUCAUGACACUUCUCUUCCAGUGCAUGCAGGACUCAAUGCCUGAGGUCCGGCAGAGUUCUUUCGCCCUACUGGGAGACCUCACCAAAGCCUGCUUCAUCCACGUCAAGCCCUGUAUUGCUGAAUUCAUGCCCAUCCUGGGCACCAACCUGAAUCCUGAGUUCAUUUCUGUCUGCAACAAUGCCACCUGGGCCAUCGGGGAGAUCUGUAUGCAAAUGGGCGCAGAGAUGCAGCCCUAUGUGCAGAUGGUCCUGAACAACCUAGUGGAAAUCAUUAACCGACCCAACACACCCAAGACGCUGCUGGAAAACACAGCCAUCACCAUCGGCCGCCUGGGCUACGUGUGCCCACAGGAGGUGGCACCCAUGCUGCAGCAGUUCAUCCGGCCUUGGUGCACGUCCCUCAGAAACAUCAGGGACAACGAGGAAAAGGACUCUGCCUUCCGGGGCAUCUGCAUGAUGAUUGGUGUUAACCCAGGGGGUGUCGUGCAGGACUUUAUUUUCUUCUGCGAUGCUGUAGCCUCAUGGGUGAGCCCAAAGGAUGACCUUCGGGACAUGUUUUAUAAGAUUCUCCAUGGCUUCAAAGACCAAGUUGGGGAGGACAACUGGCAGCAGUUCUCAGAGCAGUUCCCCCCACUACUCAAGGAGAGGCUGGCGGCCUUCUAUGGGGUCUAGGCGAACAGGGAGACUGCCAGGUUUCUGUCUGUGUCAUUGUAGGAGGGAUUGCUGGGAGCGCACUGCGUCCAGAAGUCGCUGUGACCUGGUCGAGGGGGGUUAGGGAGGAGUGAGUGGGACCCAAAUCCAGAUGCCUUCCCGGUCAGUCUGUCUGUCCGUCCACCUGCCCCGCUGGGCUUGCCGGGAAGACAGGCAGGCAGGUGGGUGGGGCCUCCACGCUCAUCCUACAAACAGGGAGGGGGGUGGGACUUCUUGGUGGGCAAGGGCCCCUGGGCGCUCAUCCGGGUCCUCUCCAGCAGCCCCCUGGGCCAGCUGCAUGGGAGAGAGGAAUCAACACCGCCGGCUGAGUCCGGUUGGAGGCAAGGGGCAAGCAGGCGGGUGGGGGUCCUUGUAGGGAUGUGCACAUUCACACAGACACACUGGCCACACGCAUGUGCGGGUGCUGUAGCCAGCAAGGAUGGGCCAGCCACCCCACCAUUUCCCUGACUGCAUGGAGACAGUAGAGUUAGUGAACCCCUGAGUUAACCCUAAGGCCUUCUGUGUAACCUGCAUCUAGAGUUUAAGAAGCUUCUGCUGUUUUGCUGGAAUUGGUGGUGGGUGGG